AUGGGUCCGUUACAGUAUUUGUUUCUCUAUGGACUUGUACACGCCAAAAUGAGCCACGGCUCUCGUCUUCGGCAGGAAGACUCUCCUCCCCGCAUUGUGGAGCACCCUUCUGACCUGAUUGUGUCCAAGGGGGAACCGGCCACUCUCAAUUGUAAGGCCGAGGGCCGUCCUGCCCCUACGGUGGAAUGGUACAAGGACGGCGAGCGUGUCGAGACGGACCGCGAGAAUCCUCGCUCGCACCGCAUGCUGUUGCCCAGGGGCUCCCUUUUCUUCUUACGCAUCGUCCACGGGCGACGGAGCAAGCCGGACGACGGCAACUACGUGUGCGUGGCCCGCAACUAUCUCGGGGAGGCCGUGAGCCGAAACGCAUCUCUGGAAGUAGCGCUGUUACGAGAUGACUUCAGACAGAACCCGCAGGAUGCGGUGGUGGCUGUCGGAGAGACGGCCACCUUAGAGUGUCAGCCUCCGCGUGGGCAUCCGGAGCCUACCACCUCCUGGAGAAAAGAUAAGGCCCGUCUUGAUCUCAAAGAUGAAAGGAUCUCGGUUCGUGGAGGAAAACUGACCAUCUCCAACACACAAAAGAGCGACAUCGGGAUUUAUGUGUGUGUCGCUACCAACAUGGUCGGGGAGAGAGAGAGUGAAAAGGCUCAACUCUCUGUGUUUGAGAGACCGGUGUUUGUGCAACGGCCUGUGAACCAGGUGGUUUUAGUGGACGAGAGCGUGGAGUUCAGGUGUCAGGUCCAAGGCGACCCGCCUCCCGCGUUGCGCUGGAAAAAGGAAGACGCGGAUAUUCCCCGUGGCAGGUAUGACAUCCGAUAUGAAAAAGAGGAUCUUUUGCUGAGGAUCAAGAAAGCCAGCGUGAGUGAUCAGGGGACCUUCACCUGUUUAGCAGAGAACCGUAUGGGCAAAGUGGAAGCCUCCGCUUACUUGACCAUCAGAGUUCGCCCUGUCGAGGCGCCCCAGUUCGUGGUGCGACCCCGGGACCAGAUUGUGGCGCAAGGACGAACGGCGACCUUUCCCUGUGAGACCAGAGGCAAACCUCAACCCACCGUGUUCUGGCAACGAGACGGCAGCCAGGAUCUUUUGUUUCCCAACCAGUCAACACAGGGCGACAGCCGUGUGUCGGUGUCGCCCAACGGAGAAUUGACCAUUUCAUCAGUGCGGCGUUCAGACGCGGGUUAUUAUAUAUGCCAGGCCCUCACAGUUGCAGGCAGUAUCUUGGCCAAAGCCCAGCUGGAGGUGGCAGACGCCCUGAAGGACCGACCGCCGCCAAUCAUCCGUCAGGGCCCCUUCAACCAAACCCAGCCUUUAGGGAGCGUGACGGUACUCAGGUGUCAAGCUUCAGGGGACCCGCAGCCCACAAUCACCUGGCGGAAGAACGGCGUCGGUCCGCUGGGAAAAGAAUCGCGCUUUUCCUUGCUGGAACAUGGCAGCCUUCAAAUAGAGAAUGCCAAGUUAUCUGAUUCCGGAUUGUACACGUGUGUGGCGACCAGCUCUAGUGGAGAAACAUCAUGGAGCGCAUUCUUGGAUAUCACCGAUUCCACUGACCCCAUUGACUUCAUGUCUAACAACCUGACAGCCCUCGGGGGGCCGCCCUCCAAGCCAGAGGUCACCGAUGUCACCAAGAGCAGCAUUUCGUUGUCAUGGGAACCUGGGCCGGAGGCUGGCUCCCCAGUGUCCUCCUAUGUCAUUGAGGCCUUUGGCCAGUCCGUGAGUAACAGCUGGCAGACAGUAGCGGACCACGUGAAGACCACAGAGUUCACCGUCAAUGACCUACGACCCAAUACUGUCUACCUGUUCAUCAUCAGGGCAGUCAACGUUCAAGGGCUCGGCGACCCCAGCCCGAUGUCUGAGCCUGUACGGACGCAAGACAUAAGUCCCACUGCCCAGGGAGUGGACCAUCGUCAUGUGCAAAAGGAGUUAGGCGACGUCGUGGUCAGCAUGCAUAACCCUGUCGUUCUCAGUUCCACCUCGGUGCAAGUCACGUGGACUGUGGACAAUCCGUCCCGAUUUAUUCAAGGCUACCGUGUUCUGUACCGGCAGACGUCAGGGCUGCCUUCUCCGGGACCGUGGCAGAUACAGGACUUAAAAGUCUCCUCACAGAGGGACAUGACUCUCAUGAAUCUGAAUAAAGGAAUUGUCUAUGAGAUUAAAGUGCGACCGUACUUUAAUGAGUUCCAAGGCGCAGACAGUGAAUCCAUGACUGCACGGACUAUGGAAGAAGCACCCAGUGCGCCCCCACAGCAAGUGACGGUGUUGACAGUGGGACACAAUAAUAGCACCUCUAUCAGCGUGUCGUGGGACCCUCCGCCCUCCGAUGAACAAAACGGCAUCAUCCAGGAAUACAAGAUCUGGUGUUUGGCUAACGAAACCCAGUUCAAUGUCAAUAAAUCUGUGGACGCGACCAUCCGUUCAGUGGUUGUCGGGGGUCUGCAAGCCGGAGUGCAGUAUCGCGUGGAGGUAGCCGCAAGAACCAGCGCAGGGGUGGGGGUCAAAAGCUCGCCCCAGCUCGUCACCCUGGGCGCAGAACAGAGAGAUGUCAUGACCGGAUCGGAGAGCAACAAUAGCAUCUCCGACGUGGUGAAGCAGCCGGCCUUCAUCGCCGGUUUGGGCGGAGCCUGUUGGAUUGUUCUCAUGGGCUUCAGUGCCUGGUUGUACUGGAGGAGAAAAAAGAGAAAAGGACUCAGCAACUACGCAGUUCAAUCCUUCACUUUUACCCGUGCAGUCACAUUUCAAAGAGACAGAGGACUGAUCAGAAAUGGAAGCCGUCCGGGACUGUUGAAAGCGGGUGACCCCGGCCUACCCUGGCUGGCGGACUCGUGGCCCUCCGCCAGCCUCCCGGCAAACGCGGGAUUGGGGAGCCCCAAAGGCAGCGCUAACUUUGGCCGAGGAGAUGUGUUACCGUCGGCGGCGGUGGAGAAGACGGGAACCAUGCUGUCGGACGGGGCCAUCUACAGCAGUAUCGACUUCAUGGGGAAAGCGGGUUACGGCAGCCCGGUGCAAGAUAGUCAACCCACCCCUUACGCCACCACCCAGAUCCUUCAGUCUAACAGCUUCCACGAGUUGGCGGUAGACAGACCGGAUCCACGCUGGAAGGCUUCUUUGCAAGCCCAGCAGGAAAUAGCCAACCUGGGCUACUCGCUAACCGAUAGACGCCCUAACGCCGGUGCAAAGCUAGGGAAGAAAAAGAAGGUGAAGGGAGGAACAAAGACCCCUAAAUCAAAUGGGACAUGUUGGGCUAACAUGCCCCUGCCUCCACCGCCGAUGCACCCUCUGCCCGGUACUGAGGUUGACCUUGACCAUUACCCCCAGGAAAGCCACAGAGGAGGAUAUGACAACAACAGUUGGGCCCCGCCUCUUUCCUACCGCCAACAAAGUUUGGACAAUGACGUCGUCGAUGAGGACAGGGGACCGACUCCCCCGUUAAGAGGAAGAGCGUCCUCACCGGCAGCGGCUUACAACCAACCUACAUCAUCAUCCCUCAGCUCCGCCCACCAUGAAGAAAUGCAGUCUAUUUUGCAGGCCCAUUUAGACGAGCUGACGAGGGCUUACCAGUACGAAGUAGCCAAGCAAGCAUGGCACUUGAAGAGCAGCUCCAACAACAGUAUCCCUCCGAUGGAAUUCAUGUCUACAACACUAGGCUCAGACUUGGUGGAUGAGGACGAGGAGGACGAAAGAUACGCUAUGGUGUCAAAGAAUGCGUGCGGCUUCGAUUACGCUCCCGGACACGUGACCGAUAAGCUUUCAGGUAAAGGCAGCCAGUUAUGUCGCUCCGACAGUUCCGUGACAGCAGAUGGUGGUCAGCAGAACACACAUAGCCUUAGUCACAAGAGGGUGCAGAUAGGUGGCCUCAAAUCCCAGACAAACAAGGUUGGGACGCUGCCCAGGCGAAAAGAUACCAACGCAGAAGGUAACGCGCCUCCAGGCAAGGGCCAUCACGGCACGGGUUCCCGCCUGAACAGCUCAUGGGCGAGCGCGGCCUCCGAUCCCUCGGAAGAGUGCAUGGUGAGCGUUUCGACGCUAGAGCGACAACACAUGGCUUCCUGGGGGAAUACAUCGACGUCCAGUCGAUCUUCUCACAAGAAAGCGGAAACCUCCCACAACGGCCAUCUUCUCACAAACAGCAAAGAGAAAAGGGAUCACUGUGAGUACUAA